AUGGAGAUGAUACAGGUUGUGUUUCAGCUGUUUGGCUGCAGUCCCCAGUGUCCCAAGCCUUCCUGUGGAGCAGCCCACUCUGCAGGGGCCGGGGUCUCCUGGGUGGGCCAGGCCGGCCCACUGGUCUCACUGCAGCUGUUUGUUACAGAGGUUGAGCAGAGGCAGACCGGGUCUUGUGCCAUCACUGCUGACAACCGUGUCUAUGUGGAGCUUUCCGCCAACGGAGCCCUCGGUGGGGGUGUGGAGGUGCGGUCUUGCAUGGUGUCUCCCCUAUCAGACCCCCGUGUGUCCCCUGGCUGGUCAGUCAUUAGAGACGGCUGCUCCGCUGACUCCUCACUGACACUCAGCAACAUGACACAUGGCCAAGAGGACGAGGAGGAAGAGGAGGAAUAUUAUGAAGAGGAAGAGGAGGUACCUAGAGUCCUAUCAUUCAGGCAUCCAGGAAGGGCUUGGAGGAACAAAGCAGGAUUGAGAAAAAGAGAACACGGUGGGAAGAGGGGACGAGGAGGACGAGGAGGACGAGCCAAAAGGAAGGAGAGCGAUGGAGGAAUGGGAGGAGAGGAGGACCAGAUACACAGACUGAGGUUCAGUUUUGUCCUUCGGCCCAUCUACAACAACUCUGUCCAGUUCCUGCACUGUCGCAUCCGUCUCUGUGGCCCUGAGUCAGUGACCCAGGGGCCUCCAACGGCCACAAUACAGAGUGGCUGUCCAAAUCCCUGGGGCCUCCGUAUCCCUGCCCUCGUAUCCAAACUACCCAGCCAACAGUGUGAGUACAGAAACUUCUCCAGACCCAUGCUGGUCCAUCAGCCUGUUGGUGUGGCCAGACAGCAGGCGCCACCUGCUGGUCAGAGAGGUCAAAUGCCCAGUGUGUCUCAGCUGCCCAAGCCUAUCCCAGCCCACAGCAGCUCUGGGGUAGACACAGGCUCAGUUUUGGGGAUUGUGUUUGUUGCUUUUCUUCUGGGCAUCAGCCUGAUGGGGGCGCUAUGGUGCAUCUACUCUCACACAGGGGCUCCUCCACCAACCAGAAGAGGGGGCCUGAUCGAGAAUACUAACCCUGCCAACACCUCUGUGUAGAGUUGAGAUGGAACGUGAGCAACACACACAGCACCUGGGGGACCACAAAGUAAAGAGAAUGUCAAAUUUAGACUAGUAUUCUAUAGACUUAUCAUGUCACUAGCGCCCUUUGUGAAUUAGUCAAGCACCUGCAGAUUGCAAUAGUGAUAUCUCAUAUCAUGUGUAAGAAAUACAAUAUUAUCUUUCUCUCUCAUUUUCAGUGUUUCCUCUGGUAAAUCUGAGACCGAGGGUAAAGUGGGGCAGAAGAUGAAACACCUGGUGUGUGUCAGACCUGGGUUCAAAUACAUGCAUAUUUAAGUAUUUGUUAUUUAAAUGCUUAUUUUCUGUGUAUUUUUGUAUUUUCAAAUAAUGCAGUAUUUUGAUAUUUGUAUUUGAAAAUACACUUGCCUGUGUAGUUGAGAAUUUCCAAAAUCAUUCAAAAAUUUAAGUACUGAAAAUAUCCAGAUACUUACUUUGAAAUGUCUU